UUGGCUAAUGCAACAACAAGUGAAGUACCGGCAUUAUGUGUAACUUUUUACCCUGACGUUUCAAUUUUGACAAGUAAAAAGCUAAUGUCAAUUUUCAGAGGUUAUGUUUAGUAAUCUCUAACUAGGCUGUACUUAUGUUGCACCUGGAGCGUAGGUUCAUAACAUUUAGAUUUAACGUCAUUGAACAAGUAAGAUUACACAAUUAACUGAUGAAAUUAACUAAUGAAUAGCCGAAAUAGAGAAUUAACGGCAAAACGAAAAAAAAAGAGAAGUAACAGAUUUGAAUCAACACGAAAGCGAUUUUACCGCAAUACUGGAAUAGUGCAAAAUGAAACUAAUUGGGAAGUCACUCUGGAUCACCGACGUUUGAAAACACCCAAUGGUCAAGUAUUAAUUGUACGCAGCGAGCCUCUCGCCCGGGCUAUAGCUGCAGAAUGGGACGCACAAAAUGAAAUCAUUGCACAGCCUAUCAUGCAUUUGACUGCUUUAUGUAAUACAGCAUUGGACAAUCCUGGAAAGAUAACUUCCCAUGAUAUUACAAGUUACCUCAUUGAUUAUUUCCCUACAGACACUCUAUUAUUUCAUUCAGAAGAAGAAGAAGAACUGAAAAAUUUACAACAAAUUAAAUGGGGCCCUGUUUUGGAAUGGUUCCAAAAUAGAUAUAAUAUAAUACAAGAAGUAUCGAGGAAAUUGAUGCCACCACCUGUGACCACUGAGACGAGGGCAGUACUAGCAAGACAUUUUCUGUCAUAUUCAUUUCCUGCUCUUAAUGCGCUGUCAUUUGGUGUCGAAGCCCUGAAAUCGCCAAUUUUAAUGUUGGCCUGUGUCGACCGACACUUGGAUCCACAUGAAGCUGUUUUAUUAGCACGGCUUGAAGAAGAAUAUCAGUUAACACGCUGGGGACGGGUGCCGUGGGCACACGAGUUGAAUCAAGCAGAAUUGACUGCACGCGUAUCAGCCGCCCUGCUCGUCAUACAAUGCACCAGUGAAUCAUAUUCAGCAACUGCUAAGACCACCAAUACCAACUCAUCCGAGGAGCGGAUUACACAGUGAACUUUCAAAUUAAUUUACCGUUGCUAGGUGCAACACAGUGUAUGUGGUACACACACACAGUUUCAGAAUGUUAAAUUAUUGUUUUUAAGAAGCUUAUUAUACAUACAAUAUAUGACUAAUGAAAAGGGUGUCAUAAACAUUUUUAUUGUAAAUAACUUCUUAGUGUAAACUAGUAAUUAUUAUGAUAUAUAAAAUAAAACCGAACGGAUUAUACCAUAAUAAACUGUUGAAACAACG